GCGCCUCCUGACGGCGGUGGUUCGGCGUGGUUCACCCAGACGUCGGCCAACAAACGCCGUUACAUUUGUUGUUUGCAAUCUCAAAACAACCCACAACAGCACUUAAAAGCGUGCUCGGCUCGGCUCAUCUCCGAAAAUUCUCUUUGACUUGGAAGAUAAAGUAGAUAUGGAUGCUCUUUGGGGAUUAUGAGCGGAUUCGUUAGCUCCCGUUGUGAUUCCGGUUCAGAGGGAAGGUUUGAACUGUUCCCUGGAAAGUGACCAUUGUUGAAAUCAGGUCGAGGCUGUUGUCAUUCCCACUGACUGACUUUCUUAUUUUCUUUUUUUUACGGAUUUAAAAUUGAACAAUUAGUGCAAGUUUUUUAGAGGGUCAUGAAAGAAAUGUCAAGUACAAUGCCUGGUGGGCAGCAGCCUCAGAAACACUAUGGCAUCACCUCUGCCAUAAGCUUGGCUCCCCCAAGAGAAAUAGACCACUUGUACACCAAGAAGCUCUGUGAUGCAAUGAAACCUUUUGGUGUCUUUGAGGAUGAGGAGGAGCUUAACCACAGACUUGCUGUUCUUGGGAAGCUGAAUAACUUGGUUAAAGAAUGGAUCGCAGAGAUCAGUGAAUUAAAGAAUCUACCACCAUCGGCCAUUAGUUGUGUUGGAGGAAAGAUAUUUACAUUUGGGUCGUACAGACUUGGAGUGCACACGAAAGGAGCUGAUAUUGAUGCCUUGUGUGUGGCUCCACGUCAUGUAGAAAGAACUGACUUUUUCCAGUCUUUCUUUGAGAAAUUGAAACAACAUGAAGAGAUCAAAGACUUAAGGGCUGUAGAGGAUGCUUUUGUACCGGUGAUUAAAUUCAAAUUUGAUGGGAUUGAGAUUGACCUGCUCUUUGCCAGAUUGGCCUUACAGUCCAUCCCAGACAACCUGGACCUGAGGGGGGACUCCAUCCUGAAAAACUUGGACAUUCGCUGCAUCCGAAGCCUAAACGGUUGUCGAGUAACUGAUGAAAUUUUAUACCUGGUGCCAAACAAAGAGAACUUCAGGUUGACACUGAGGGCCAUCAAACUGUGGGCGAAACGGCGAGGAAUCUAUUCCAAUAUCCUGGGCUUUCUUGGUGGAGUGUCGUGGGCCAUGUUGGUGGCCAGGACCUGUCAGCUCUACCCCAACGCUGUAGCUGCCACACUUGUCCAUAAGUUCUUCUUGGUUUUCUCCAAAUGGGAGUGGCCGAAUCCUGUGCUACUGAAACAACCUGAGGACAGUAAUCUCAAUUUACCUGUUUGGGAUCCUAGAGUGAACCCCUCUGACAGAUACCACCUGAUGCCCAUCAUCACGCCAGCCUACCCCCAGCAGAACUCCACCUACAACGUCUCCUCAUCAACACGCACCAUCAUGACAGAGGAGUUUAAACACGGUCUCAGCGUCACAGAUGAGAUUCUUCAAGGAAAAGCAGAAUGGCCAAAACUCUUUGAACCACCCAACUUUUUCCAGAAGUACAAGCAUUAUAUUGUUCUCACUGCCAGUGCAUCCACCGAGGAAAACCACUUAGAAUGGAUUGGUCUCGUAGAGUCAAAGAUCCGUGUCCUCGUGGGAAACCUCGAGAGGAAUGAGUACAUUACGCUGGCUCAUGUCAACCCUCAGUCCUUCCCUGGGUCCAAAGACAACCGCAAUGAAAACGACUUUGUUGCCAUGUGGUUUAUUGGGAUCAUCUUCAAGAAGGUGGAGAAUGCAGAGAGCGUCAACAUUGACCUUACGUUUGACAUCCAGUCCUUCACAGACACUGUAUACAGACAAGCUAAUAACAUCAACAUGCUGAAAGAGGGGAUGAAAAUCGAAGCAACACAUGUGAAGAAGAAACAACUCCAUCAGUAUCUCCCCCCAGAACUGGUGCAGAAGAAGAAAAGGAGCAUAGCAGAAUUGAACAGAAGCUCAAACGGUGGAAGUUCAAAGCGGCUCUCCCUGGACAGCAGUCACCUGGACAGCUCCACAGACUCAGGAACUCCCUUUAGCUCCCCUACCAACAAACCGCCUAAACCUGUAUCAGACGCAGAAGAUGGAGUAAGUCCUCCAAAACAGCUUUUUGUGGAGACCUCCCCAGCAUCGAGCGCAGCAGCAGCUGCUGCCGUGCUGCCGACAGGCGCAGCCGCAGCAACAUCGAGCACAGCUGCACCCGCUGCUACAGAACAGGACAAGUCUGUCGCUCUCUCAAAGGCCUUAGUUAAAGCAAAGCCUGCCUCUCCACCAGCCAGCGCCUCCAUCAGCUCAGUCCUGAGUGGGAGCGAAAAGCCCAGUGCUGCCAGCAGCCCUAAAGAGGAGCCAAACGGCCUCGAGGAGCCCACCCACAGCGCUUCUGCCAAGAGACCACACUCCCCCACGCAGGAAGACCUGGCCAAGAGGCUCAAAGACUCGGACCAGGUGGUGUCCAGUGAUGACUCCUCGUUCAAAGAGCCAUACCCACCAUCCUCUGACUGCAGUCCACAUGGAGAAGCACCCAGCACUCCCCCUCUGUCUGGCUCAAAGGUGAAGCCCAUUCCAACAACCGAUACCUCAAGAACACAGAGACUUCCAAGUAUGGAGCUACCCGACGCCUCAUCUCCUCUGCCAGCCAGCAACAGCUGUCGUGUUGUAAAAAAUUCCAUUAAACUGGCCCUCAACCGCCACAACAUCACGCCUCCCAAGGCCCCAGUGUUUGAGAGCGCUCCCACCCCAGAUGCUCCUACUGCCAGCGAGGAAAAGGGCAUGUCCAUUCCCGUCAUCGGCUCAAAACAUGCAGCACCCAAACACACGGUGCCCCCUGUUGGAAGCUCCAUCCCCACUCUGGUGAGCCGCGUUGUUGACCCUCUGAACGGAGCGGCCUCAAAAAGACCCCACUCUCCGUCUGUAGAGGAGCAAGCCAAGAGGCUGAAGGAAACAGAGAAAGCUCGGAUUCACAUAGCCUGAACAGACUGCCUCCGUACCCGCGCAGCAGUGGGCCUCUACGAUCAAGCCAAACACAAAGGGGACGAUUUCGGGUCGCUCUUUUUGAACCGUGACGCAGCAGGACAGAAACCUCAGCUCAGAUCUUUCAGAGAUUACAGAUUUUCUUCCCGUGGAUCUGCGACCUAGCCAGUGCUGUCCCACUCAGUCACAGAGACAUGACACGAGAACUACAGCAGCAGUUUUUUACUCCUCUUCCUUUUCCAUCUGUGUUUAAAAGUGGGAGACCGGCUGAUCUUUAUGUCAUAUACCUUUUUCUUUUUUUUUUUCCCAGUUGAAUUUUAAAAAAAAUAUCCGCUUCUUAUUAACACUGCUGGAGAGAGAGCAGAUGUUUGGACAUUCUUCACCAAUUCCUCCACACAGAUAUACCUGUACUGUAAAUGUUGAUGUACAUAACUUUUUGUCUUUAAAAAAAGCAGAAGAUCCUUAAGGCUUUUGAUUAUUCUAUUGUAGUUUUAUCUAAAAAAGAAAAAGUUUAAAAAAUUUAUUUUUUUUUUUUGUUUGUUUCUUUGUUUUCACUGCUUGUACCAACAAAUUGUCUCCAUCCCCAGACCUUUGUGUUGUCAUUGUAUGAGUUCAGAUCCAGUUGCAGGCAGAGUUCUUUGAGGGUUUGCCUGUUUCUUCUUUUUAUUAAAAUGCACCCCUGGCCUUUAUGGACCUGAUAGGCUGGACUCGCCUAGAUUAGUGUCCAGUUUGCAGUUGGUUGCUGCCACCAUUGGUGCCCCUCAGGAGCUGGUAAGAGCUAGGAAAACCAUCCUUUACAACAGGACUGUUUUUGUUUUUUGUCACAUCACAGCAGAGCGAUGCCAGAGCACUGUACCGUGUCUGUCCGUGGUUUUCAGCUCAUUCCUCCACUUGUUCGGCGAGUUUUCUCCCUAAAGAUCGGCAGGUAAGGUCAGCAAUGUGUUUAUUUACCAGUUUGGCAUUUCUCUCUUUGACUGACAGCUAAUUUGAGAACUUUACAGGAUUAAUCCCAACAAAUCCCUCUCCUACCACAAACCUUCAACCAAAUCUCACUGUAGAAAUUAUUUUUGAUCAAACCGAGCCCAGUUGGCAAGUCUGUGGUUGUUUUGUUCUUUGAGGAGUUUUGUGUGUAUGCAUGCAUGUAUGGUUGAAUGUGUGCAAGCAUUUAACGAUGGCUGUGUUGAUGUGCAAGAGAGAAUAUUCCCUUUGUUUUGGGUGCUAACCCUCUGCGCCUCCUGUGGAGGUUCUUAGAACUCAUCUGGGUCCACAGGUUGUGUGGGGUGUUGAUGGGAGGCAGUGAGGCGUGUGGAGAUGACUUCAUUUCCACCACCUCCUCCUGCAGAAGCUGAGUGGCUUUGUGUUUGGAUUUGUAGAGUGAUGCUACCACUAUCUUCAUUUUUUUUUCCAGGCUCAGUUUCCCAAACUAAAAUGUAAACUAGUACCUCUUUUUUUUUUUUUUUUUUUUUUCAAAAUCAUCCAGACAUCUUGGUCAUUAUCGGCGGUUUCUUAUCACAUUAUUUAUAUAUACAUAUUUGUACCAUGUGAUCUUUUGUUUUAAUGGCAUUCAUAGCAGCUAGUUCAUUUUGAAUUAAAUCUGCACCACUCUGUUUGUUCUCUGCAGUUAAGAAGCAUUUAACACAAGUCAUUUAGAUGUUUGUUUCUAAAAUGUUAUGAAAGGGUAUUUUUGUAUGUGUUUACCACUUCCUUUAAAUGAAUCAUACAUCCAUU